GAAAAAGCAAAAAAAAAAACAUUUUCUGAAUCUUUGGGGAAAGGGAUUUUGGCCAUCAGAUUUCUCGUAUAUCCUCUCCGGGCUUUUCUCCGGCCUUUCUUCCGAAUCGCCGACCAGGAAAUGCGCCUCCGACCGGCGACGAACACGUAGCGAAACCCGAAAUCUUUGUUUCUGGGUUCGGUCUUCCCUGCGAUUCCGAGACGAAAGAAGAAAAGAGAGACAAUGGUGGAUGAGAAAAGCUCGGAUUCAAGCUUCGGAAAUGGAGAAGAGGAUUUGGGUGAUGUGGUAUUGAACGUGUACGAUCUCACUCCUAUCAACAAUUACACCUACUUAUUCGGGUUGGGGAUUUUUCAUUCUGGCAUCGAAGUUCAUGGGAAAGAAUACGGCUUUGGAGCACACGAAUUCCCUGUCAGUGGAGUGUUUGAAGUAGAUCCGAGAAGCUGCCCCGGUUUCAUCUACCGAUGUUCCGUCUCGCUUGGACGGACAAAGAUGUCUCCUUCAGAAUUCCGGGUGUUCAUUGAAACUACGGCGUCCGAAUAUCAUGGAGAUACUUAUCACCUCAUAACCAAAAACUGCAACCAUUUCACAGAUGAUAUCGCCUGGAGAUUGACGGGCAAGCACGUCCCGGGUUGGGUCAACCGUCUUGCUCGGCUAGGUGCAUUAUGCAGCUGCCUUCUCCCGGAAAGCCUUCAAGUAACUACGGUGAAACAACUUCCGGAGUACCAUGAGGUCGCAGAAGAAGGAAGUGAAUCUCAUUCAACUGCCACACCUCAAGACUUCGAGGAAAUCUCCGACGGAGAUCAGGAGAAGCAGCUCCUCUCACCGGUGGACGUGGCAGGGGAAGUAUCAUUCAUCAGGGAAACCUAUAAAUGAGAAAACCCGAAAUCACAUAUCCUUUUCUCGGGCGCCCGAUUCGUAGUGAUCUAUCUUAUUUCUGUCGUUGUGGAUUUUUGGACAUAGCAUGAAGGUUUGAUGCUAUUGAAGCUUGGUCGGAAGAAUCUGCGGGUCUCAAGGUCAGACGGAAAGCAAAAUUGUAUCGUGAAGAAGCGUUCAGAGAGAUUGUGUAUUCUUUAGUGUUCAAAGGGAAAUGGAUAUAUUAUUAUUACAUGGUUUGUUGUAUUUUUGUUAUUACAUGGUUUGUUGUACUGUUCCA